AGAUUGGCAAUCAAAAGCCAGCUUAAUAGUUAAUACUUAAUGGCUGAUAACAUUCCUGAAUCAUUUGUUGAAGAUACGACUUUCUGAAGCAUACCGAGUCAUUUUAAAGUAAAACCCAGACACAAUUGUUCAACUCCUUUCUUGCCUACUCAUUUCGAUGCAAAACUUGUUGUGUGUAUGUCAUAUAAUGAGUACAGUUUCGUUGUACUCGACGUGAAUGAACUGAAUCGUAUCGGUCACGACAUUGCCACCAUGCAUUGUUCUUCCGACGUGUUUAGAUAGGCAGUGAAUUGUUCUUGUAACUGGAAAAAAAAGCAUUGACUGGAGAAAGGCAAUUUCGAACUUUGUUGUUGUUCAGUUUCCACCCGUCAGCAGUGUCCACGGAGCUGCAGUGCGUCAGUGGAGGCGCUUCGAUCGUUUGAGAAUCAGAACUUUGGCAUCGUUUCAGUCUACGCGACCUGUGUAUUGUGUGCUCAAGUCGCAGUUACAUCAACCCUCUCACGAGUGCUCCUUCUUCGCCUGGCCAUACCAUCAAUUGACUAAAUUAACCUUCGUCUUUUCCAAGGACACUCAACAUGUUGAACGUCCGUUUCAUCCGAGAUGUCGUCUAAGUCUUCCGGUUGUCAGGUGCUGGACGUUCAGCCGGUGCCGGAUUACAGGUGCCGGAUAUCGGAGAAAAGUGCGCGGAGGAUAGCCGAGAGCGGUGAUGGACUGGCGGUCACACGUCGGCAUCAUCACAAUCACAAUAAAGCACAACAAUGAUGGAUAAUGAGCUGUCAAAUCAGGAAUUGGUGAAAUGCGUCGUGGUCGGCGACACGGCCGUUGGCAAGACGCGGCUCAUCUGCGCCAGGGCCUGCAACAAGAAGGUCUCCCUCUCCCAGCUGCUCAACACGCACGUGCCCACAGUUUGGGCCAUCGAUCAGUACCGCAUCUACAAGGAAGUUUUGGAGCGCUCCUGGGAGGUGGUUGACGGAGUGAAUGUCUCGCUGCGACUAUGGGACACUUUCGGCGACCAUGAAAAAGACCGGCGUUUCGCCUAUGGAAGAUCGGAUGUGGUACUGCUGUGCUUCUCCAUCGGCAACCCAAAGUCUCUGCGCAAUUGCAAGGCGAUGUGGCUUCCGGAGAUCCGCCGCUUUUGUCCCAACACGCCCGUCUUGCUCGUCGGAUGCAAGAACGAUCUUCGCUUCAUGUACUGCGACGAGACCUACUUGUCCUACUUCAAGGAUCGAAACCCGUUUAUGCGUAGGCCGACCAAAGAAUGCGACCUCGUCAUGCCGGACCAAGCGAGAGCCAUCGCAUCUGAACUGGGUCUUCCUUAUUACGAAACUAGUGUGUUGACGUAUUACGGAGUAAACUCGGUAUUCGAAAAUGCCAUCCGGGCCGCUUUAGUCUCAAGGCGACAACAGAGAUUCUGGCUGGCUGGUUUCAAACGCGUUCAGCGGCCAUUGCUCCAAGCUCCAUUCUGCCCACCCAAACCGUGCUACCCAGAUAUGUACGUCUCGGCCAGUACUUACUUUGAGAAUUUCCAAACUCUUUACACCCGCCAGGCGUACACGGACGUGAUAUUUAUCACGGGGAGCGUGGGCUUUUCAGCGCACCGAUUCUACAUCGCUGCAGCCGCUCCUUCUCUGGCCCGGCUAAUCGCCACGGCAACGGCCAACAGUGAUAUUAAUUGCUCUGAUAUUGGCACGAGAUCCUCCAGCGAUUGUAGCAUGGUCAGCAGUGUGGGCGACACUUCAGCGUCGGGCGGUAGCAGUUAUCACAGCGAAGAAACGGAUACAACAUGCUUGCUGGACGUCGACAGGACACACUAUCUACGCUUGUCUAAUCGAAUCAAGGAGAAAUUAAAACGUCGCUGCAGCUUUCAGUUGUCGUCGACUACUUCCGCGUAUUCCAACGACCUCCGCUGCCCGCAGUUUAGCCGCGAAAUUUACCAUCCGGCGGUCCAGUCGAUCAGCGUGGAACAGUGCCAGGGAAUGGACCACAGGGGUCGGCCGUGCGUGUCAACUCAGACGGUGGUGACGCUGACCAAAAUCGUUACACCCAAUGCCAUGCGUCAGUGCUUGUGCUUCAUCUACACGGGCCAGAUUGACACUCGGCUCUGCUCGCUGCAGUCGCUUCCGAUGACUUUGCUGCUGGAAAUUCGACAAGCGGCAGAAUUCCUCGACCUUCCCGAGCUGUUGGCUUUUAUUCACAACAUCCACAUACACGAAGAGUUCCUCAAUAACGAUGUACGCCAGCAAUAUAGACAGAUAAUUCGAUCCCGGUUAUUGGAACUUGGUUUGAAUCAAGGUCUCUAUGCCGACGUGCACUUUCUGCUGGACGACGGUAGCUGCCCUGCCCAUCGACCGCUUCUGAUGGCUCGUUGUGACGUCAUGGACGCCAUGUUCGCCGGCGAUUUCCGUGAAAGCUCAGCCAAAGUGGUGCAAAUGCCGGGCGUGAGCGAGACCACUUUCCGUCAGCUGUUGCAUUACAUUUACACGGAUAGAAUUCCCCCGCUUCAAACCAUCGCCUGCGUCCCUUUGGUCGAAUUAGCCAAUCGACUCUGUCUCUCUCGCUUAGUCCAGCUCAUUGAAAGUUACAUGGUGACUGAGAUGCAGAGGAUUAUUGACGCUGGUGGCGAAGUUACCAUGGAGUGCCUCAUGCUCCUUGAGCCUUGUCAGAUUCACAAUGCUGAUCAGCUGGCCGAGUGGUGCCUGACUUACUUGUCGACCAACUACAACAUGACGUGUAGAAAAGCACCGAAAAUCUUGAAGACGCUGCACUCGGAGAACCAGGCUCACCUGGCCCACCACCGCUGGCCGCCCGUCUGGUACCUGAAGGAACGCGAUUUUUACGACAAAUACGUAGCCGAGCGCAAGAAGGAGGAAGGCUUGAGCAAACCGUUGAAACGCAGCCGGAACAAUUCCGGUUGUCUCUGUUUCGUUGGCAAGACCAGGCGUGGCGAUGAUAGCAGCUAUCAUUCGGUGUAGAUGUAGACGAUAGAAAGUAGAAUGAUGGACAAGAGCUAACGAGAGGGGAAAUCUUAUGGUGACCGUCGUAAUAGCCUAAAAAGAGAAAUUACGGUUCUUAAAAGUAUCUCAACAAAUUUUCGCUAGUAGCCCAGCUUGCGGAGGAGACGAGAGGUAUCCUUAAAAUAUGCAUGUAUGGAUUAUUUUCACGCCGUAGCGUGACACGGUCUUCACAAUACCGUUCCACUAUAUUUGCCGAUUGUGUGUACACUGUACAGUAUAUACAUAUAUAUAUAUACAUAUGUGCGUGUUUGGUCAGUGUCGUGCACUUGUCCCACGCCCCUCGAUCCCAAUGAAAUAUCCAUAGGGAAUUGCAAUAGGGAUUCAAUUUGGAAAAGAGGUUUAUAUGCUGCGUCUUCUAUUUAGUAGAAAGCUUGUGCUUCGAAGAGAUUGAAGUUGUCAUAACAGUGAGUGAGUGAGAGAGAGAAAGAGAGCAAGAGAUUUCUCGGUCUCUACUUUAUGGCAACCAGUUCAAAUCCUUCCUUCAAUCGCGAACCGCGCAACUCUGUCGCGGUUUCUUAUUUCGCAAUCAAUAUUUGAUAUCCAAGUAUAUAUAUUAUGUAUAUAUAUAUCUAUAGAUUUGCGCGCGCAUUCUGUUGCAUAACGAACCAAAAAACACAGAAAAACAAAACAAACAAAAUCAAUGCCGCCGUUAUUAUUCUUAUCAUGCUAUUAAAUUGAACAGCUUUAUCGCAUCUUUAAAAAAAUAUGAACUAGUGUGUACCCCCUCCACUUUGCUCUUCCUCUUCCGAUCCAUGUAUAUUCCAACAUAAUACCCCCCAAAUUUCACUUCAGUUUUGCGCGCUUUGUUUUGAGUAAAACGCGGGAUAAACGUUUUAAAAAUGUGGAUUUCAGCUUAAGACAACGAGUCGAAAAAAGUAGAUCGAGCUUAAAAAUUCUAUCCCUAUUCAACCGUUAACAAAAAAAGAUGCAUGAAUAAACAAAACUGACUGCCAUAUUACGUACUACAGCGACCAAAUGUUAUCGAUUAACUAAAAAUCAAGAAAGGGUUAAAUUAUCCCCACUAUUUUCGGUCGUGCACAACAUGACCACGUUCAAAUUUUACCAUUAAAAAUAAUCUAAAGUUGAACAUUGUUUCCGUUUAAGACCUUGAUUCGCCAAGCAAAAUUCUUAUUCAAUUCGUGGUUUAUUAUUAGUGCGCGUAUUAGUCGUGAUGGCUGUCUGCUGUUAUAAAAGUUGAUCUACUCGAAUUAGAUGGUAUACGUGCUGCUGAUGUUAUUAAAUACAAAUGCUGAUCAUUCUUCCCACAAAAA